AUGGCCUAUAGCAUUUCAAAAGAUGCAUAAUAACUACUAUGUGAGAUCAUAAAUUAAAUAAGUCUAACUGAGAGAAGAGCAGAACAAAUAAGAAUAUAAUUAUGUAGAAAAACUAGUUUUAAUCCAUACGCAUGCUUCAAAAGGUAAUACAUAUAUAGCAAAACCUAGAUUAGAUUCAAUGAAUACAAAUUAAAUUAAGCCUGAAUAAAUAGUAUAGCUUUUGAAAGAAAAUGAUUUUUUUGUUUAAGAACUUAAUACAUUGUUUAAUAAAACAUUUAUGAAGGAAUUUCUUAAUUAUCAAGAGUAUUAUUAAUAGUUCCUAAUUUUUCAGCUUUCUAAACUUAAUUUUACCAAAAACUGAUUGUGAAUUGAGAGAGAUUACAGCUAUGAAAUAACCAACAAAAACCACUGUAGAAAAAUCAAUAGAUUAUACAUUAGCCUAAUUAUUCAAUUUGUAAUUGAUGCAUUAAUCUUAGAGAAUAUAAUGAGGCCAUAAAUUUAGAAAGAUUGAAAACUAGACUAAGUAAUUUCUACAAUGCUGAUUAAAUGUUCUAUAGUAUGGAUUCUCUAAAUAAUAAUAUCCUUAAUUUUAAGGAUUUUGAUAGAUUUUUUAGAAGAAAUGGACUAUUGUUAUAUGAGGAAGAAUUAGUAAUUAUUAAAUAAUUGAUUUAUAGAUUGCAUUUUUUUAUAGAAUUGAUAAAUAAAGGACUGGAUAAAUUACUUUAAAUGACUUUCGUAGAAUGUUAGAACCUUUUCAAAAAUUAGAAUAACCAAAUUCUAAUAAUUCUUCAUAAACUCCUAAAUAAAUUGUCUCAUAAUCUAAGAGUUCUAACAUUUUUAUUGAUGAAUUAGGUAGUAGCAAUAAAGCUGGUUAAAUAAUUUAAUCAAGAAAUCUAUCAACUAGUAAUAAAAAAAAGUUUUAGUCUAAUAGAAGAGCUUCAUCUAUUACAGAAAGUUUAUAAACAACUAAAUUAACAGAGAAUUAUUUAAAUGAUGAAUAAAGAUUUAUUGAUUUAGGAUUGGAAAUUCUAAAAUUAGAAAUGUAUUUAGAAGAAAUAAGAUUAAAAUUAUAAUAAUAAAAAGACUUCAAUUCUAUGGAUUUCUUUCAUUUUAUGGAUUUGAAAAAUAAAGGUAAAGUGAAUCAACAUGAAUUUGUAUACUUUUUGGAAUAAUUAUAAAUAAAAAAUUUAGAUGUGAUUGAAUUAUUUAAUUAUUUAGAUAAAGAUUAAGAUGGAUUUAUUAGAUAUUCAGAUAUUUCUGAAUUUAUUUCUCCUUCAAAUAUGAGCUCAACCUACAUUUGUAAAAAACCAGCUAAAAAUAGUCUUCUCUCUUAUUCACUCUCAUAAUUAUUCUCAAAAUCAACUAUAGGAUUUAUUUAAUUGCUUUUUAAUUAAUGGAAUGAAAAUGAAAAAAUAAUUAAAUUAAAAAAAAAAUAAUUCUUGAAUGAAUAAAAUCUUUAUUUGAUAUUCAAUAAACUUGAUCCUUUUAAAAAGGGAAGCUUUAAUAGAUAAGAUGUAAAUUUAUAUUAAAUUUAGCUUCAACGUUUUUUUGAUCUUUAUAAUGUUAAAGACGAUAUUAAAUUAUUGUAUAAACGAUUAGGAAAACUCAAUAAGGAGAUUAAUUAUAAAGAAUUUGAAUUAUUUUUUAUUAAUUGA